GUGUUGGUUCAUGCGAGUAAUGCUAAAAUAUGCGGUAUGUGAUUUUCAGUGAGUGAUUUUAAGUGAAAAAUUAUGCUGUUAAAAUUUAGAGAACUAUGUAGUGGUAGUGUUAAAAUGUGUAUUAAGAGAUGGUACUCAAGUGCACAUACGAUUUAUAGUCUGUCGUCAGGGCAAGGGAAGUGCGGUGUAGCUGUGAUUAGGGUUUCCGGAUUGGAGUCCCUGAAUGCUCUGAGAAGUCUGGUAUCCUUUAAGUUUGUCCCUAUCCCUAGAAAUGCCCAUGUUAGGAAGAUAUUUCACCCCAAAUCUAAAGAAUUCAUUGAUCGUGGGUUGGUUGUCUGGUUUCCGGGUCCUGGGAGCUUCACGGGCGAGGACUCAUGUGAGUUCCAUGUCCAUGGAGGUCCUGCAAUUGUGUCAGCUGUCCUAGAUGCCUUAAGUUGUGUCCCUGGCCUUAGACCGGCAGAACCCGGGGAGUUUACAAAGAGAGCCUUCUAUUCAGGGAAGAUGGACCUGACAGAGGCCGAAGGAUUAGCUGAUCUCAUUAAUGCCGAGACAGAAAUGCAGAGAAAGCAAGCUCUAAUCCAAGCCAAUGGUUCCCUGUCCAAGAAAUACAAUUUUUGGAGGGAAAAGCUCAAAAGGAUACUAGCUCACUUUGAGGCAUUCAUUGAUUUUGCUGAAGAUGAGAAUUUUGACGAGAAUGUACUUAGAAGCAUUCUAAAGGAUGUGCAAGAAAUUGAAAAAGAAAUUAAGGAGCACAUUGAGGAUGGUCGUAGAGGCGAGAUACUACGUCAGGGAGUACGUGCAGCAAUUGUGGGUGCUCCAAAUGUCGGCAAAAGUAGUUUUAUAAAUAUUUUAGCCCAGAGACCAGUUUCAAUUGUAACAGAUAUUGCUGGAACAACUCGAGACAUUGUAGAAAUGUGCUGCAACAUAAGUGGAUAUCCUGUUAUUAUAUCCGACACAGCAGGAUUGAGGAAGAAGGGCAGUGAUACUGUGGAGAAUGAGGGAAUGUUGAGGGCGAGAGAAUGUGCUAAAUAUGCCGAUUUCACCAUAAUACUUCUAGAUGCAACACAAGUUGUUCGGCAUCUCAGUGAAAAUCCCAAAGAAUCAAUUCAGCAAUAUAUCGACAAGUACCUCAAGGAGAUGGAAAUUGAAAUAAACUCAUCUGAAUAUAUCUACCUCGUCAAUAAGACAGACCUCAUUAGCAAAGUGCCCAAAUCUACCGAGAAAGUCUUCUGGAUAUCUUGCAAAAACUCAUUUGGAUUGCCCAAUGCGAUUGAUGAAUUGCAGAAAAGUUUGAAAAAUAUAUGUGGAGUACCCUCAGCUGAAUAUCCCAUCUUAAGUCAAGCACGACAUCGUCAUUUAUUAUGCGAAGCACUAAUUCAUUUGGGUACAUUCCGUGACUAUAUAGGCGUACUACUCAACAGCACCAAUUCACCCGUUGAAUUAGAUUUCGCCAUUGUAGCUGAAGAAAUUCGAUGUGUUAUUCAAUCAAUUGGCAGGAUAACUGGUGCUGUGAGCACUGAUGAAAUUCUCGAUGUUAUAUUUAAGGAUUUUUGCAUUGGGAAAUAAAUAUAUUCAAACAA